GCAGCAUUGCUAUGUUUUGGGAUUGUCUGAUUGAGAUCUACCUAUCACUUUUUGGUAGAUUAGGUUCCUUUGGAUCAUCAAUCCAUGAUGAGGUUCCUCACGACGAGUUUUGGACUGCUAUCCUGCUGUCUCCUCCUUCCAGGUAUCGUUUCGUCCCUUGCAACACCAGAAGUCAAGAUAGCAGCGCCACGAUGCGAGCCAUGGACCGUCGACGCUCCGGACCGAGUGUUCAUCCUCACCGACAUCGCCAAUGAACCCGACGACACGAUGUCGCUGGUGCGACUCCUGACGCACGCGGACACCGUCCGCGUCGAGGGAAUCGUAGCAAUAACGUCCUUCUGGCUCCCUAACGCCACGCAUCCGGAGCAAAUUCACUCCCUCGUCGACACUUACGCCUCUGUGUACUCCAACCUUCAAUCGCACAGCCCAGGCCAUGGCUUUCCAACGCCAUCUUAUCUCCACAGCGUCAUUGCUAGUGGGCCUAAAACCUACGGCCUGCAGGCCAUCAAUUCAUCAUCCCAGCCCCUCUCCGAAGGCGCAAAGCUGCUCAUAUCCGCCGUAGACCGCAGCUCGGAACCGCUUUACAUCCAAAUGUGGGGCGGUGCUAAUACGCUCGCAGAAGCACUCUCCUACCUCAGCCAGACCAUCUCCCCCACCCAGCUCUCAACCUUCACCUCCAAGCUUCGCGUGUACUCCAUCUCCGACCAAGACGACGCCGGGCCCUGGCUUCGCGCGCACUUCCCUUCUAUCCGCUGGAUCGCCUCCCGCCACGCCUUCAACCGCUACGCGCUCUCCGCGUGGGUCGGCAUGAGCUCCCCUUACAUUGACGUCGGUGGGCCGAACCAGUCGCUUGUUUCUGACGAUUGGAUCCGGGAUAACGUGCAGAGCGUCGGCCCGCUCGGCGCAGAGUACCCGGACGUCGAAUUCAUCAUGGAAGGCGACACCCCCGCGUUCCUGUUCAAUGUUCAGAACGGGCUUGGUGACGCGGAGGUCCCGUCCCGCGGCGGGUGGGGUGGGAGGUAUGCAGGGAUCUCGCUCAGAGGGGACGAGACGCAGUUUGCGGAUGUACCUGACCAGGUUAUUGGAGCGGACGGGAAGACGUACAAUAGCAAUAAGGCGAGUGUUUGGAGGUGGAGGGACGCGGUGCAGAGUGAAUUUGCGGCAAGGAUGCAGUGGACACUGGGGGAGUGGAGUGGAGUGGGAGAUGGUGAGCAGAGGGGGAACACGACGCAUCCUCCCGUCGUGGUGCUGAACGGGAGUUGUGGGUUCAAGGCUCUGGAGUUGAAUGUUCAGGUUGGGGAGAAGGUUGUCUUGGAUGCUGGGGAAUCGUAUUCCCUCGACGGACCAGACGCGGAGUUGAACUUCACGUGGUUCCAGGACCGCGAGGCGACGUUCUCGGCGGGAGCUUUGCCGUUGGUAAACAUCACGGCGGUUGAAGGGUCCGCGAGGAGGAUGGUCGAAUUGGCGAUUCCGGAGCCCAGCGAUGGGUUCUGCGUGCUUGCUGAGGAUGUCACAGAGUUUGGGCAAUGGGGGGAGAGGUCGAAGUGCCCUGUCCUGCAUGUCGUGCUGGCGGUCAAGGAUAUUGGAGCGAAGUUUCCGAUGACGAGGUAUAGAAGGGUGGUGUUGAACGUUCAGCCUUGGAGGAAGUCGUGAGUGGGAAAGCGAGCUUCAUAACAUGGGACUGUUAUAGUGUCGAAUGUUGAACGUCUGUCAAGUGUUGGUGUAGACCUUGAGUAAUGUGAUCCGAACAGAGUACUUAUCGAUGUACGUCUCACUCAAGCAGUCUGUAUGUCCAACAUAAAGACUGAGAUGUUCAUGACAUCAUCUUCGUUGCUCACCCAUUCGUCGAUACCAUGUCAUCUACAUUGUUGUCCUCCUCGCACUCCUUGAACGACAUGAAUCUAGAACCUCUACCGGAUUUCAUGAUAAGAC